UCAUAGAUAAAGCUUUGCUGCUUUUUCAUUUACUGGGAUGAACCUGACGAAAAUGAGCAAUUGGGUUCUCAUGCUGCAAAAAGCCACUGACAAAGCUCUAAAGCAGGAUCCUCUGUGUAUGUGUGUAGCUGCUGGCAAAGCAUGGGAUGACAGACUACCUCACAGUUAGCAGGGGCAGGACCAAUCUGUAGCACAGAGAAAACAGUAUAUAGGUCCUAAUUAUUUUUUAUUUUGGAGUGAAAUCACACUGAAAAGCAAACAGUUGCAGUCAAUACUGAAAAAUUAGCUUAUUUAUCUUUUUGGACACAGAAGAUGCUCCAGCAUUGAUUAACUGUAAUGGACUGCAGGGCACUGAUUGCAAGUAUUUAUAGCCAUUAUAUGCGUUUUGAUUGGAGUAAUAAUGAAGAAGACGAAUGGAGAGAAGGAAAAACAUGACACUAAAAGCAAGCAUCCAUCUCGUCCAUGGGUGGAUGAAGAUUUAAAAGAUGGCACUGACCAUCCCUUAGAAGAAGAAGAGGGUGAGGAAGAGUGGCAAGGACUUGAGGAAAAUGUUGCCCAUGUCCCCUUCACUGGAGAGCGAUACUCUGAGGCUGAAAUGAUUAAAAGGUCACAGACAUUCUAUGAGCUUCUAAAUAAGAGACGUUCUGUCAGGUUUCUCAGUGAUGAGCCAGUCCCCAGGGAGGUUAUCGAUAAUGUCAUCAGAACAGCAGGUACUUCACCUAGUGGAGCACACACUGAGCCCUGGACCUUUGUGGUAGUGCAAGAUCCAUAUUUAAAACAUAAGAUUCGUGAAAUUGUAGAAGAAGAAGAGGAAAUCAACUACAAAAAAAGGAUGGGAGACAGAUGGGUUAAUGACCUGAAAAGAUUGAGAACAAAUUGGAUCAAAGAGUACUUGGACACUGCCCCGUAUUUGAUCCUCAUUUUCAAGCAGGUAUAUGGGCGGCUUCCAAAUGGCAAAAAGAAGACCCACUACUACAAUGAAAUCAGUGUUUCCAUUGCCUGCGGUAUCCUGCUUGCUGCACUGCAGAACGCGGGUCUGUACACAGUGACCUCCACGCCCCUGAACUGCGGCCCCCAGCUCCGGGUGCUGCUGCAGCGCCCAGCUAACGAGAAGCUCCUGCUGCUGCUCCCCGUUGGCUAUCCCAAGAGAGACGCCACUGUGCCUGCGCUGACGCGGAAGCCGCUGGAAGACAUCAUGGUGGUCAUGUGAGCCCAGCGCCACGAGGAAGGGGAGCGUCGCUGCUGACAGCUGAACCUGUCGCUGCUGUUUCUGUGCAUCGUCCCUCUGUGUCGCCUUUGCUCUGGCUGUUUACACCUCUGUUUCUUUUAGUGCUAGUAAUCUACUGAGACAGCAGUGAUCAGCCAAGCACUGUGCCUUGGACAGCUGCUGCUGCCUAUCUGACUGGGGCAUUGUUCCAGGGGAUAUGUACAACUUAAAUUACUUUCAUCACUUGAUUUUUCUCAUGCAUUGUGGGGACGAAUCUCUUCUUGAACUGGAAUAUAUAUUUUCCUUAUACUUUUGUGAUUGCCAUUACACAGUUAUUUUAACUUAGGAGUUUUAAUGAAGAUUGUAUUAAAAGAUACAAAGAG